GUGGAGAGAGAGAGAGUGAGAGUGUGCGCGCUCGGGCGAUCAGUGGUAGUACUGCCUGGUGUAAGAUAAGGAAGGAGCUGUAGACCACAGCCCACAUCUAUCAUUGAUGAACUUUUCUUUCACUACUACCCGUCUCCAUGCCCCCAGCCGAAACUCGGUUCGGGGUGCCCCAGUGAGCGUGUUUCCUUUGAAGGAUAUGUUCCCAGCCGCUGUUAGAAAGCGGAGGAGUGUGUGUCUCGGCUCGUCUCCCUUCUGCAGGGGCUAGCCUGAGCGCCUGUACCACCUCUCACUGUCUGCCCGACUUCGGUUCCGCAACUUUGGGGUACCAGGCUAAGGGAGCCCCGGCGACUCGCAAGAGAAUGCCGGUCAGGAAAGGACUGCUGGCCCCUCAGAACACUUUCCUGGACACCAUCGCCACCCGCUUUGAUGGCACCCACAGUAACUUCGUGCUGGGCAAUGCUCAGGUCCAGUCUCUCUACCCCAUCGUGUAUUGCUCAGACGGGUUCUGCGAGCUGACUGGCUAUGCGAGGGCGGAGCUCAUGCAGAAGUGCUGCGCAUGUCACUUCCUCUACGGGCCAGAGACCAGUGACAAGCUGAUCGCACAGAUCCAGAACGCACUAGAUGAGCGCCGAGAGUUCAAGACGGAACUGGUGUUCUACAAGAAGACAGGAACCCAAUUCUGGUGCUUGCUGGACAUAGUCCCAAUUAAGAAUGAGAAGAGCGAGGUGGUCCUGUUCCUGGCCUCUCACAAGGACAUCACCGACACCAAGAAACGCCUGGCAACUGGGAACAGCUGUGACACUGGUGACGAGGAGGGUCAGGAGGUGUACAGAGACACGCGCCCCCCCGGGUUCAACACCAACCGCCGGCGCAGCCGAGCCGUUCUGUACCACCUGUCAGGACACCUACAGAAACAGGAGAAGGGCAAGCUCAAGCUCAACAACAAUGUGUUUGGAGAGAAGCCCCCUGUCCCAGAGUACAAGGUUGCAGCCAUUCAGAAGUCGCGCUUCAUCCUGCUGCACUACGGCACCUUCAAGGCGGGUUGGGAUUGGCUGAUCCUGCUGGCCACCUUUUACGUGGCAGUGACCGUGCCCUUUAACGUGUGCAUCAGCGUGGCGGGGGGGCGGGAUGACCGGAGCGCUGCCUCUCGCAGCCCCCCCAGCGUCAGCGACAUCCUGGUGGAGAUCCUGUUCAUGCUGGAUAUCCUGCUGAACUUCCGGACAACCUACGUGAGCAAGUCAGGCCAGGUGGUGUAUGACCCGCGCUCCAUCUGCGUUCACUAUGCCACCACCUGGCUCUUCGUGGACCUGAUCGCAGCGCUGCCCUUCGACCUGCUCUACGCCUUCAACGUCAGCGUGUAUUUUGGGGUUCACCUCUUGAAGACGGUGCGUUUGCUGCGUCUCCUGCGUCUCCUGCAGAAGCUGGAGCGGUACUCUCAGUACAGCUCCGUGGUGCUCACUCUGCUCAUGCUCAUGUUCGCGCUGCUUGCUCACUGGAUGGCCUGCAUCUGGUUCUUCAUCGGCCAGAAAGAGCUCGACCUCCACGACCCGGGCACAUGGGACAUCGGCUGGCUCCAUGAGCUGGGAAAGCGCUUGGGCUCCCCUUACGUCUUGGCCCCGCUUCUCAGAGCUCCUGAUUCAGGGAAUGUGACGGUGCUGGGAGGAGCCCCCCAGAGCUCCAGCCAAUGGAACGCGUCAGGGGCGGAGCUGCUGGGUGGGGCCUCCCUGAACUCCAGCCAGUCGGCUGCAGAGCUGACGGGAGGGCCCUCUGUUCGCAGCUCCUACGUGACAUCACUGUACUUCGCUCUGAGCAGCCUGACCAGCGUGGGCUUCGGGAACGUGUCUGCAAACACAGACGCAGAGAAGAUCUUCUCAAUCUGCACCAUGCUCAUCGGAGCUCUGAUGCACGCGGUGGUGUUUGGUAAUGUGACUGCGAUUAUCCAGCGCAUGUACUCGCGCCGCUCGCUCUACCACACGCGCACCAAGGACCUGAAGGACUUCAUCCGUGUGCACCGCAUCCCCAAGCAGCUGAAGCAGCGCAUGCUGGAGUGCUUCCAGACCACCUGGUCUGUCAACAACGGCAUCGACGUCAACGAGCUGCUGAAGGAUUUCCCGGACGAGCUCCGCGCUGACAUCGCCAUGCACCUGAACAAGGAGGUCCUGCAGCUGCCCCUGUUCGAGUCGGCGAGCCACGGCUGUCUGCGCUCCCUGUCUCUCAUCAUCAAGACCUCGUUCUGCGCGCCGGGGGAGUUCCUGAUCCGCCAGGGUGACGCGCUACAGGCCAUCUACUUCGUGUGCUCGGGGUCCAUGGAGGUGCUCAAGGACAACACUGUGCUCGCCAUCCUGGGGAAGGGAGAUCUCAUUGGAUCAGACUUCCUGACGAAGGAGCAGGUGAUCAAGACAAACGCCAAUGUGAAGGCGCUGACCUACUGUGACCUUCAGUACCUCAACCUGAAGGGCCUGCGUGAGGUGCUGCGGCUCUACCCAGAAUACGCCCAGAAAUUCAUAGCAGAGAUACACCACGACCUGACCUACAACCUGAGAGAGGGCAGCAACACAGACGUGGAGAGUGAGGUGAACGGGGGUCUUGUGAAGAAGCUGCCCUCUAUCCUGGAGGAUGAGGAGUGUGAGGAUGAUGAGCGCUCCCCCCUCUCCCGCCCCCCUCGCUCUCCUCUCAGACUGAGCCGGGUGCUCAACUCCCCCCUCCUGCCCCCCCGCCCCUUCCGCAUGCCCCCCGAGAGCAACAAGCCCUCCAAGCUGCAGAUCCCAGCCGUCAGCUUCAGCACCCCGCCAGAGCUCAGCCCCAGGUUUGUUGACGGCAUUGAGACUAACAGCAGUGUUGCUUUUGGGCAGAAAUUCGAGUUCAACUCAAACAUGAUACUGGGCAGCAACUCCAGCCCCCCGACCCCUACCCCAGGAAACAGUGACGAGAGCAGACAGAGCAUCAACAAGCUGAACCAGGAGAUCUGUGGUCUCUCCCAGCAGGUGACCCAGCUCAGCCGUGACUUGCAGGAAAUGAUGCAGCUGCUGAAGCCCCACCUCCUGACCCCCAGCCCCCACUACAGCAGCUCCCUGCCCGCUCCCUGCCUCUACCCCAGCAAUGUGCAGCCUGGCCCCUGGUCAACCACUGCCUCUCACCUGGUCUCCGGAGGGGCCGAUCACAUUAUCCACACCUCCCUGUCGCUGGACUCCUUCCUGCCUCCUCUCGGACAGGGGCCCCCCACUCAUCCCUCCACAGACUCUCUGAGGAUCCAGGCAGGGGACCUCCUGGGGGGGCUGCACCUCCCCCCACCACCCAGAGGGUGCAGCACUGAGGAGGACAGCCCCCUGGAACUGUUCCAGAGGGGGGCGCAGAGCUCGGGGCAAACCCAGACUGACUGCAUCCAGUUCAUUGAUGAUGAGGGGACCACUCUGUGAAGACUAGAGACAAGACUAAAGAGAGACCUCGCUCCUGCAGACAGACAGAUACAUUGAAGGUGCUGCUGCUGUUUCUGCCAGCGCUGCCCUCCACAUUCUCAUCUCCAGUUCCUUCACUUUUUUUUGCCUCCAAUGCAGGACAGCUCACAGACAGGCUGAUAGACAGGCAGUCAGUCAGACAGACAUGCAGCCUCACAACCAGGGGUGGUUCAGGAUGUUUUGAAUAAGAGCACCCCCUCCAAACCUCUCCCUUACAACACCUCCAAAUAAAAAUGGGUUAAAACAAAACCACGAGUGGGAGACUCCAGUGCAAUGCAGUAGUGAACACGCGUCGCUGGCACUAUCAUCACGACUAUUCUAGUGUUGCCCAUCAGCUUGAAAUCCAAGCCUCUUGUGUGUGAAGCUUGCUAUACCAGCCCUGCUGGAGAGGUGCGAGUGGAGCAGGUGCAGUCUCUGGGCCCUGGCUGUCAGUGCAGUGGAGUCACUCUGGAGGGAGCAGGGGGCCAGUGCCCUCCUCCCCCUUUGCGUCUGACACAUGGAAAGGGGCGGGAAGCUUCUGAAUUUUGCUGAUUAAUAGGGGAGAUGUGGUGAUUUUUUUUUUUUUUACACAUUCACUCAUCUGUAUUUAUCUUAUUUAUUUGCAUGAAGUGAGAUGAUGAAAUGGAUUUGUGAAGGGGCCGUGGGAACAGUGCAGCACUAAGACACACACAAACACACCGUCACAGCCAGUGAUCGUGCAGAAUCGCUGCCAGCCCUGCAUUGCCGCGGCCAGUGAACACAGGCAGGAUGACAGAGAGAUGUUAUUUUUCUACCUUUGUUACUUAAACAAAAAAGCUUUAUUAUUUAUUAUUAAUGUAUGUAUUUGUUCUGUGUUUUGCCUCGUUGUUGUUGGAGCAUGACUGGAGUCCGGAUCUGUCUUUCUGUGUUUUUAAUGCCUGCUGCUGAGCCCUGUGGCAGCUGUGGUGGCCCCUUCAGGAGAGCCUGUGGUCAGCAGGAGCUGAGGAAGGUUUCUGUAUUGAAUCCCCUUCGAAGUUGGGUUCAAACUGGUUUAAUAGUGAUCCUCAAAGCAAUCCACCCCCUUCACCACUACAGUGGCAGGGCUGAGUCCUGGGAGAGUGUUCCGUUCCACUCCUGCUGUAGGAAAGCUGAGCAGCAGGACUCCUGUCCCUGAGGUCCUACUUUUAAUCAGGCAAUGAAAGUUCCUAAAAGUUUCAAACCUAGCAAAAAAAAAAAUCAUAAAACAGGAUGCAGCCAUUUCAAUGGGCUGCAGUGUUACGCAUUGGUUUAACUCUUCCCCACCAGUUUUAUACCACUUGCUUUUUUUCUCAUUGCAGGAAAAAAAUCAAGUCAAACCGAAUAAGAGUUGACCUCAUCAUCUUAUCAGAAACAUGCACUUCUUGUUCCAGUUGUGCACCAGAGAUAAAGCUUCAGCUACCCAGCCAUUCGUGCCUUCACUGUGAUGUAUUGAAGGUGUUCAGCCCUUUUUAUUUGAUGACGGUUCUUUUUACUGUAUGCCAAAAAUGAGUGGCAGUGCGCUUGUUUCAGUGUUCUGGGCAGUUGGUUUCCUUUAUGCAAUCACUUUCACUUCACUGUCAUAUCGUCCCAUGCCUUUGCUUUACUGUGAAGAGCUGGUCCAGAAAUGUGCUUGUUUAAAAGAUAACAGAUCCCACUGUCCCCUAUAAAUGCCCCAGCAGUGGAUGCAGAGGGUGCUAUCUUCACCAGGCUGGCGUGACUGCAUGUGUUCGAACCUUCCCAGAUCAAGAUGCUGGCUGCUGUGACCUUCCUUCUGAUUAAAAUGAAGCAGCUUACUUCAGGUGAAAAGACAGGUCCAGUGUAGGUGGUAGCCCUUUCGAUGGUGAUGGUGUAAAGUUAUAAUGCACAAUUUGUCUUUGUCUCAAAUGGCUGGUUUCACAGACUACAAAUAGCACUAUUCUUGGACUACCUUACUAGGUAACAUUGAAUAUUCCUGGAUUAGCGCUAAUCGAGCGAAACCAGCCAGAGUCUAACCCUACCGCUACCAGCAACGUUAUAACCGUACAAGACUGAUUACAUGAUUAAACAAUAAUUAACAUAUUGAAGCACCACCCACCGUUGAAAAUCAGGUGCUUCAGGAGAAAGUCUCCUAUUGUAACUGUUCCGGCUGUCCACUCAUAUACUCAUUAGGGCUGCUACGAAUAAAUCGAAAAUCCAUUUUUCAGCCGAUUCCAUUCCUCAUUACAUACAUCGAUAUAAAUACUGCAUAAUCGAUUCAAUAAUUACAUUUUUGUAACGCACAGUUAAUAACAUUAUUUAAGUUUAUCAAUGAAACUGCACCGAACCCCCUGCCUUGCUAUUUACAGUAUUUCUGCCAGACAAGCAGUGGGCGUGCUCUUCUCCUGCUCAUGUUAACUAGCAUCUGAUUUGCUGGUCCCAUCCUACCAGCGAAUCAUGCUUUUGCGCCCUCUGUGUAUUCGAUGUAAACAAAAACUCACCCCCUUGGAUCCAGAGCAGGACGACAAACGUAUUCCUGGCAAACACGUAAAUAAAUUAUGCACAUUGAGGAAAAGUGACUGUAUAUAGUUUGUACUACUUUGGCGUUUCAAAAUGAACUGUAUGUUUAUGCUUUUCUGAGGUUUUGUUUUUAUGUAACAAGAUGUAAGUACAGCUGAUAACACGUUUAUGCCUGUAGUCCUACAGUACCACACGCAAAGCUAUAUUACAGUUACCUACCCCUCGCAUGGACAAGCUUUUACUGAACAGCAAUGAUAUUCAAAUAAUCACGUCGGUGGGGUGGGGAGUGGGGGGUUAGGUGAGCAACUAUUUCUGUGGGCGGUACAGUCAUCGAUAUUUUUUAAAAACUAUAUUUUCUGUGCCCAGUUAAUCAAUUGCUUUUGGAAUACUGUUUCAAAUAGGAAGGAUGUAAUCUGGAAUAGGAAGAAAAUAUAACUUCUACAAAAAAGUAACUGCCCAAUCAAUGAAUAACACUGCAACUCUGCACAAACCAUCUAAUGUCUGGUUAACAGCCCCUGAAGAGUACUUCUCUUGGACUUCCUACUGUUGCCUUAGGUAAGGUAGUCCAAGCUUAGCUCUUAAUCAGGGUCGAGCAUCUGAAUACCCUUAUGAACACGGGAGGCAGAAGAAUAUAUGUGAACCCUGUCACAGGGCAUGAGCUGGGUGCACAGUGCUGCUGGAGUGAACCAGCGCGGGACUCCAAACUUCAACACAAAUCCCAAUCAGAGAUGACACAUAUCCCCACACACCCAUCCCAAUCCCAUAGGUAUCCUGAUACCCAUACAUUUCACAUGACACCCAGGUCACCCAAGAAUCACAGGACACAGAUCACGCUAUGAUUUGUCACGGUCCGAGCCCCAUUACCAGGCCCGGGUCAGCGUAUCAUACCGAUCUCCAUGUGCGUGAUCUGAGCUCCAACGUGGGCUCUUCUGAGAACCCUCUGGUGAGCCGUGUAAUGGAACUUGUGUUCAUACCAACAGUAAAGAAACCAGGUCAGCAUUGUGCUAGAAUCGCUGGGGCUGCACCGUGACGUUUAACCCUCAAUGAGCAGCUGCACUGGCCUCCUGACCGGACUGUAGAGCUGCAUGGACCCGGUAUACUGCAUGAGACAUGUGCCUGCUUUUCUGUGAGGGGGGGAUAAAGAUGUAUUUUAUUAAAGGGCAUGUGCCUGCUUUUCUGUGAGGGGGGGAUAAAGAUGUAUUUUAUUAAAGGGCAUGUGCCUGCUUUUCUGUGAGGGGGGGAUAAAGAUGUAUUUUAUUAAAGGGCAUGUGCCUGCUUUUCUGUGUGCGUGUGGGGGGGUAAAUAUGUAUUUUAUUAAAGGUUAUGCAGUCUGAAAACAAAAAACAUGGCCUUUCCUUUUUUUUAUUGUACACUUUUUAAUAGUAACUCCAGUGAAGGAGUUACUGUAUCCCAGGCAUCUAGAGAACAGAUACUGUGAAACCCACAAGUAGCACCACCUUUGACCCACUCCAAGCAUUACCUCCCUGGUUCAGAGCUGCCUGUGACCCUCUCCAAGCAUAACCUCCCUGGUUCAGAGCUGCCUGUGACCCUCUCCAAGCAUUACCUCCCUGGUUCAGAGCUGCCUGUGACCCUCUCCAAGCAUUACCUCCCCGGUUCAGAGCCGCCUGUGACCCUCUCCAAGCAUUACCUCCCUGGUUCAGAGUCGACUGGACAGUCAUUAGUAGAGCUUUCGAUUCCUAUCACCGACUGAGCCCUCUGAUUACAGGCGUUAUGGUAUAUUUCAAAGAUGAUUCAAGAGAUCUUUAAGUGUCCUGUGAAAGCAUAAAGAAACCCAGAGACACCUGCCUAAAAAACAAACUACACCCUGCUCUCUUCUCCUGCUCGUACCAGCAAACACACUCCCAACCACAACCCCAAAAAAUCACUCUGUGUUGCCUCAAUACAGUAAUUCAUGUCUGCAUAUAUUUCAUUGAAAAGAGUCAUUCCAUGGAGCUUCAAAAAGUUUAAAAAGCCAGAAAGGGGGCCACCCCGCUUAUCAGUCAGUCCAUAAAUAUCUUUGACACUCCGGUUCAACAGAUUUGUUUAGAGACGUCAGAGUGUGAGUGCGGCC